CCAUUCUUCAUAAUAAAGAAAACGCCCGAACUGUGCUUUCCCUUUCUCGUUAUUUCUACAGGCCGACUCAGAUUAAGUCUGAGGUCGGUAACGUCAACAGUGAGGACAAACCCAGCCUGCCUCUCUCCUUCCACACCGAGUCCAAACCUACAGUCACUGGGUCCUGAUUGUGACAGUGGAGCCCAGUUGGCACUACAGGAUCCAGAGAUGGCAUCGGUGAAGCUGGAAGACUGCAGUCAAACACUGGAGCUGAAUGUCAUCAUUAAAGAUGAAGAAGAAGAGGAGGAGAAGAUUGGAACAUCUGUUACUCAUGGACUAGAAUUAAGUCUGAGGCCAGUAACAUCAACAGUAAUGACAGGCCCAGCCUGCCUCUCUCCUUCCACACUGAGUGCAAACCCACAGUCACUGGGUCCUGAUUGUGACAGUGGGGCCCAGUUUGCACUGCAGGAUCCAGAGAUGGCAUCAGUGAAGCUGGAAGACUGCAGUCAAACACUGGAGCAGAAUGUCAACAUUAAAGAUGAAGAAGAGGAGGAGAAGAUUGGGAAAUGUGUUCAUCAUGGAGACCAUGUUGAGACAUUCUCUUCAUCCAGAGAGCAUCAGCAGGAAGAUCACAGAGCAAAGAUGUCUCACCACUGCCCACAUUGUGAGGAGAUUUUCCCAUUUCUACCAAAGCUAAAAAUACACCUAAAAAUACACACAGGAGAAAAACUUUACUCCUGCUCUGAAUGUGGAAAAUGCGUCAAAACAUCAAAAUCACUAAAAGUUCAUCAGAGAACACACACAGGAGCAUGUUCUCUCUAA